AUGUUCUUCAACGGGAGGGUUGUGGCUUUGGUGCUGUUGCUGGCACUGGUCCAGCUGGCCCUUUGCGCCCAAGACUACUACAAGGUUCUAGGUGUACAAAAAGAUGCCACGGAACGGCAAUUAAAGUCGGCGUACCGCCAGCUGUCCAAAAAGUUCCACCCAGACAAGAACCCUAACGAUAAGAGCGCGCACGAAAAAUUCGUCGAAGUGUCUGAAGCGUACGAUGUUCUGGGCGACGCCGAGACGCGCAAGAUCUACGACCGCUACGGCCAUCAGGGCGUUGAGUCGCACCGCAACGGCCGCGGCGGCGGCGGGCACCAUGACCCUUUCGACCUGUUCAGCCGGUUCUUUGGCGGUGGCGGACGCGGUGGCGGGUCCCCUGGGCGCCCCCGCGGUCGUGACAUGGAGGUACGCGUGCAGAUCAGCCUGGCCGACUUCUACAACGGCGGCGAAGUGCACUUCGAGUGGGAGAAGCAGCACGUGUGUGACGACUGCGACGGUUCGGGUAGCGCCGAUGGCCAGGUCGACAAGUGCCACGUGUGCGGUGGGCAGGGCAUGCGCGUCAUCAAGCAGCAGCUUGCACCGGGAAUGUUCCAGCAGAUGACGCGCCCCUGCGAUGUGUGCGGUGGCCGUGGCGAAAGGAUCAAGCAUCGCUGUCCCCACUGCCAGGGUAACCGUGUCCUGCGCAAGCCCACAAUGGUCGACGUCAAGGUGGAGAGGGGCGUCGCCAACGGCGGCCGCAUCGUUUUCGACGGCGAAGCCGACGAGAGCCCCGACUGGGACGCCGGCAACCUCAUCGUCCACCUGACCGAGCAGGCUCCCUCGACCGCCAACAACCCCGACCGCCUCGACGGAAUGUACUUCCGCCGCAAGGGCGAUGAUCUAUACUGGACAGAGGUUCUGUCUCUUCGCGAGGCUUGGAUGGGAGACUGGACCCGCAACCUCACCCACCUCGAUCGGCACGCCGUGCGUCUCGGCCGCAAGCGUGGCCAGGUCGUCCAGCCCGGCCACAUCGAUACUAUCCCCGGGGAAGGCAUGCCCAAGUGGCACGAGGACGGCGACAGCGUCUACCACAAGCACGAGUUUGGCAACCUCUACGUCACGUAUGAGGUCGUCCUCCCUGAUCAGAUGGACAAAGGGAUGGAGAAGGAGUUUUGGAACCUCUGGGAGAAGCAACGUGCAAAAAGGGGCGUCGACCUGCAUAAGGAUUCUGGUCGUCCAGAGGUCAAGGCUGUUCCUGCAAAGGAUGAGUUAUGA